AUGCUUGAAAUUGCCAAAUACCUUAUUAGUUGUGUUCAUAACCCUUUAGGUAGUUUUUUCUUGGGUGAUGAGGAUACGAAAAUAUCACAGAUUGACUUGGUACUUCCGUGCCCUAAUGGUAGUUGUUCAAAAAAAUUAUUAACAUCAUUGAGUAGAGAUAAUUCGUCAAACUGUAAAAUUUUAUGGGAUGAGAGGUUUUCACCAAACAGUGAACCAUUCGUCGUUGAGAAUCGAGAAGAUGGCCUUUACUUCGAGGUAAGUAUAUUAUAGUGCAUGCAUGUUGCCGUUGUUUAUAUGUCUGGACCCGAGGUUUUACCGGAACAAAGUGAGUUCUUCGUCAUUGUCUCGCAAUCUGAAAUAAUUUUUGAAUCAGGUAGUUCAAACACAAACCACGGCAGGUUAAUUUAAAAUAUACAUAUGCACUGGAACCCGGUAUGUGCAUGGUAUUAUAGUAUGACUAUUGGUGGCAUUGACGAUGACUGAUUUGUAAUUGAUUAUCGAUAUAAUUGACUUAUUAUAAUAUACACAAGGUCUGGAUAUGAGGUAUUCUGCAAUCUGAUUGGUUCUCUACUAGCAGGAUAUUAGCUCAUAUCCUGCUAGUAGAGAAAAACAAAAUGGAGGCUCAAACUGAAUUUCCGACGUUUUGCGAACGAGGAAACGACAAGUUGUUCGCUUUUUAUAGCCUUUACAGGAUUAAAAACACAAUGAAAAAACUCCCAUAAAUUGUUUACAGGUUAGCAAAUGAAUUUUUAAAAUUUAAAAUGGUUAAAAUAUAUAUAUUUUUGAAAAAAUAAUCGGCCGAAAGAGCGAAGAUAAAAACAUAAACAAAAUAGAAAAAUAUUGAAAAUAUCCGAAAAGCAAAGUCUGUGAAUUCAGACCUUGUGUAUAUAAUAGAACAGUUAUUCCACUGACUCUCAUUGAAUAUGAGCGAUAGCCUAUACGGCGCUAUGCGCCUCAUCGGCUAUCAGCUCAUAUUCGACUCCAGUUCGUAGAACAUUUCAUUGAACUGAUAACUAUUACAUAAUCGAUGGUCAAGGAUGCAUAAUCAAUUACCCACAAGAUUGGUGAUCCAUGUUAUAUGAUCAUGCAGUGGCGCAGCCGGCCCGACGAUUUGGUCCCGCUAUGCAAAUUCCAACUCAUUAUCAUUAUUCAUUUCUUUAGAAAUUGAUUAUGUUGAUAGUUAUAAACAUCGCAAUAUUUUCAGAGCGGGACUGAAUCGUCGGGCUGGCUAUGCCACUGUAUACGAUCUAUGCAUGCACGACCUCAGACGAUGUAAUUCGUAUUACUGCAUCAUCAUAUUUACACAUUACAUUGUUGAUAACUUUACGUACCCCUUAAACGAGCACAAUUUAGGGUUACAAUUACUCACGUAUAAUUUGUACUCAUUAUUUUAUGCUGAUUUUUUUCAUCUAUGAAACUUUUAGUGGCAAUCAAAUCCUUACACCAGAUUAAAAGGAAUAAUUUUAGAUAUGACGGUGGAAUGUGUACGAACGGACACUGCAAAAUUUGAAGAGUACCUUUUCCGCCUUCGAGUCAAAGAUAUUACUUUUAAAAGAGUACAAGGUGAUUAACUCUUAAGUGAAUUCAAGCUUGCAUAAUUUUUAAUUUCUUUGAAUGACUAUAUAUAGUCAGUAUAUUUUCUAUCUAUAGUUUGUUUGCUUAUGUUUGUUUAUUUGCUUAUGUUUGCUUCUUUGCUUAUGUUUGUUUGUUUGCCUAUGUUUGUAAUUUAUUUGCUUAUAUGUUUGUUUGUUGUUUGUUGUUGAAAUAUUGAUUGGUUGGUGAGUUAAUUAGUGUUUUCUUCUUUAAUGUAUUUGUCUCUUGGUUUGAUGGACAGCAAACAAUAAACUCAGUCACUACUAAGUAAUAGUAUAUAAUUCCAAAUUCUUGCAGAACAGUAUCAGAUAAUUCAAAUAGACAGUGGAGAAAUUUCCAGCAUCCCCAUCGUGGAUUUGGACAAAGAUUGUUCAAGGAAUAUAUGUUUCAGAAAAAUUACAGUGGCUUCAACUUUAAACAAGUUAACGGCAGUUUGUGCCAUUCAGUGGAAAGAAUCAACAUUGUCAAGAUUGGACAACACCUCAGUUGCGGCUACCGAGAACAUCACAGAAUUGCUGUAUUUGAGAAAAGUUGAAGAAGCAUUCAUCCUUGAGGUACAUGCAUUAGUAAACUGGAAGUAUACGAGUGCGUUUUCGUUCACGAAAUGGAAUAGAGUCCUCAAUAUCUUGUAGAGCAAGAUAGAAUUGAUUCUAAUCUUAUUAUAUAGUAAACCGAUGGCAGUUUAAUUAAAAUAAAGUCUGGUUCACCCAAUGGACCAUUGAAAUCAUGCAUCACUUGUGUUAUAAGUGUUAAUUCACUUAAAAAACCAUAACACUGGUUCUACUUAACCAAUUUUAGCCUAAUAAUCUUAGUGUAAAAAUUCGUUUCCUAUAUACAUUGAAUGUUUUAUGCUCACUGAUAUAAUUAUCUGUUCAAAAAUCUGGAACAUACAGCUUUGCCCGUAUAUUUUGUACCAUUAUACAAUUCCCAUAAUCACAACAGUCAAAACUGCAUGAUAUUCAUGUUUCUUUUAGUGGAACUUGACGCAGGCUCGUUUACUUGCAAACAUUACAUUCAACCUAACUAUUUUGUGUUAUAACGACGAGGACGAAAAUACUACCACAGUUGAAAAAUCCGCUUUGGUCUUCCAAACUAGAUGUAAGUAUAUAAAUUCAGAAAACCGUUUUUCUCCGGUGUCUCCACAUUGAUCACAAUUUUGCCACGGAGUAUAAUGUAUAAAUGUUGACAAUGUCUGGUACUAAUUUUAUUCUAUUCAAAUUACGUUUUUGUGUCUAUUUAGAUGGAUUUAUCUCAGAGAAAAGUAGUGCAGAUAAAAGUCGUAUAUAUAUAAUAUACUUGGCCACAAUUUUGCCGCUGCUAGUCGUGCUGCUCCUUGUUAUUGUUCUUAUAUUAUGGCUCUUACGUCGUCGAAAACAAAGGUGUGUAUAGUGUAGCAUUGUAUAGCGCAUGUAUGAACAAUUCCAAGGGCUAUUUAAACUGUUCCAAUAAUAAUUACACAAUGUUGGAUGAGAAUUUUAAAUAAAGGUUAUAAGCCUAAUCCAACAUCUUCCAACAUUACCAAAGAUUAUAUUCAAACAGACCCAACAAUGCUGCAUGCAUCCAACAAUGCAUAUAGGGUGAAGUUGAACCAUGCAUGCAACAAGCGAACGUGGGCUUUAGAGUAUCAGAUAUGAGGUUAAGAUUUUUAUAUUACGCUUACCUAAUUACAUACUUAGCCUAGACUAUUUUAUCUUUACAAUAAUUGUGAUAUUACUUCCUUUAACUAUAUGCAUAUCCUAACCCUCCUGUUAACUUUUCUUGUGCGGAAGGAAGCCACACUGCACUUUCGGCAGGCAGAGCGAUGACGAGAGAAUCGAACGCACGAUUUCAGGUGCAUGAAAGGCGCUUGCUUUGACCAUGGCCUAUCGAAGAAGAGAUGGCUGUGAAACUCAUUAGAAUAACAAUAUAACUCAUUAUCUAUGUUAAUCAACGUGUAUUCAUAAAUAUGGUCCUUCACCGUCACGUGUGUACUGUAUUUCUGCCAAAUCCCCCAAUAGCAAUUUCCAGUUUCCCUUUUGUUCGAGUCACGGAUAGGUGACUUUCCUAAGACAUUGCUACUGGUUAGUUGGGUAAAAAUACAAUACACACGUGACGGUGAAGGACCAGAUUUAUGAAUAAACGUUGACCAACAUAGAUAAUAAGCAAUUAUGGAUGAGGCUGAGCAUGAUAUCAAGAAUUAUUCAGACCGAGGUCAAUGUUAUCUGCCGAAGCGAAGCUGAGGCGGAUAACAUAGACCGAGGUCUGAAUAAUUCUUGAUAUCAUGCGAAAGCCGAAUCCAAUAAUUGUUUUAUUAUACAUUUAAAGACAUGAGAAACAUAUAAAACGAUUCCGGUUCAUGAGGUAGGAAAAGUACAAUUUGAAUAUCAAACACCUUGCACAAAGUCAAAGGUCAGCUAAAUAUUCUAUUUCUACUUCUAUUUACCCCUUUGUGGGUUUUUUCGUGCUUUCACUAUCCUUAUCUGCCAAUAAUUUGGAGAGUUCACAUAGGUUCAAGCUUUUGGCCGCGCAGAGGCUUGGGCACGAGAGAGUCCAAUAAUUUUUUUUUUGGAUGCAAGUUCGAUCCAAAAAAACAAUUAUUGGACGCUGAUGACGUAAUCGGCGGAAAAUACGUAAUAAAUGCCGAAUACUGAAAAUUAGCCGGUGCUUUCUGACCAAUUAGAAACGAGAAUACAUAUUAAAUGUAUAAUAAUGAGUUAUAUUGUUAUUGUAAUGAGUUUCACAGCCAUCUUCCCUUGGAUAGGCUAUGCUUUGACGACUGCACCAUUGAAGCACAAUCAAGUAUCUUCACAGUCAUGCAUUUUGUAUUUUUCUGUCAUGAUUUCUUUUGUACAUUUUAUAUUUACAUGAUUUAUAUAUUUUAUGUACUUUUAUUUGUUUUAUAUCAAAGAAUAAAAGAAUCAACAAGCAAACGUGAGUUCUUUGUUAAUUUCGAAAUAGUUUAUUUCGUGCAUUUGAUUUCGCUUUAUUUCACCUUUUUUUAAUUAUAUUUUAUUAAUUUUAUUUCAUCGCAUACUCCACAUGUUCAAUUUAUAGUUAUUUCAUUUUAUACAAUUGUUUUAUGUCAUUUUUCCCACUAACAUUACUUUUUUAUUCUCUAGAUAAUCUUCACAGCAGUGUGGAACGUCAAUAUUCUAACGGCAGUAUCGACUCAGGUCUUCAAUUAAACAUUAAUGGCGUUGAAUGCAAGGUAGGGAUAAACCUAUUCUCUACAGAGGUUUUUCGCUACAUUUUCGCCACUUUUUGUUUCACUUGUGUUAUUGUUCUUGCUUCCAAAUAAUUGCCUUCGCCCGUAUGCAUGCUCUUGCCAAUAAAUAUAUUUUUGAUCAAGCGUGCAAAAAGUCAGUUGCAUGAUUAUUCAGUAAAUUACUCGAUUGUUUCGUCAUUCGAUCAAACAAUCUUCUACUGUAUAUGCAUGCAUAUCAAUUUAUUUUAAUUUAUUGAUCAAUCGAUUCCCCUAUUGAUGAGUAUAGAUCAUCUGCAAAUGUUUUAGUUAAGUAUAUUGAGGAACAGUGCAAUUAAGUGUUUUAAUAUGUAUCAAACAUUGACAUAUAAUUGUGUUCUUGCUGUAGAGCGAAGAAAACCCUGUUUACGAACACUGUACUGCAACAGCACAUCCUACAGUUACAAUUGGUAAGAACCAAAUUUUCCAUUUUCUGUUUGUGACUGCAUGGAUACGUAAGUCCGGAACGUGAUUUUUGCGCAACACGUCUACAAUUAACUAUAAUACAAAAACAAAGUCCUCAAGGCCAGUUUACACUUGCAAUUUUUGCCGCGAUUUUAAUUGCGAUUUUCUUUUUCUGGUGGACGUGAGCAAGUAGAUGAGUUAUGAAUGUUCAGAUGAGGGUAUAUAUAUUCAGAACAUCCAUAACGCAUCUACUCGUUCACAUGCAUCAGAAGAAAAUCGCACCUAAAAUUGCAGCAAAAUUCGCUAGUGUAAAACGGACCUUAAACUAUAGAAAUGUGAAUUAAGACAGAAUGCGUCUAUGAAUAACUACUGUACCAUCCUUGUAGAAUCUACUAAAAAUAUUGACCUUAUUUUUACACUUUAUGUUUCAGCCCGGAACAAGCUAUAUGAAUGCAGCAAUGACGUAAAAGCAAGAGCAGACUCGGAUAUUUACGAAAAACCCAUAGAGGACAUCAAAGUGCGACAAAACAAAUUUUAUGCUAGUGUCGAUCCUUCAAAAAAUUCACCAAGGCUUAAACCGCAUCCAACACCACGAAGUAGCCCGAAACCUAGCGCAAAUCUUGCUCCAAAACCUGCCCCAUUACCUCAGGCUGCAAAAAAGCCACCCACACCACCACGUUACAAGACUCCCAAAGUAAUGAACCCGCCUGAAGAAGAUGAACAUGAUGUUUAUGAUCAACCGUUGCGAUUCAUACCAGGUUUACAGAAAAAGCAAGAUGAUAAGAAAAGGAGAGAUGAGAUACCCUUAGAAGACUUCGAGAAUCAGAGAGUCCACUCAACAUACGAGAAGCCUCUGCCAGAUUCACCUCCAACUUCGGGCAUCUAUGAUUAUGCAACGAGAGAAGAGUUGACCACAGCACCAACGCAAUGUGAAGCUGAGAAGCCGUUGGAGUUCACGAAAGGGAAAGAGAAUAACGGAAGUGUGAAUUCCAAUGGUUCUUUGUAUGACGCUCCGCAUUAUGAUGUACUGGAGAGGAAUUAAAGGAAUUCCUCGCAUUAAUUUUUGUGAAAAUUGAGUAUGCUGCCUGCAAAUACGGACGUUUAAUUUCCAGUAUGUCAAAUCGGACCGCGCGCUAAUAAUGCAGUUAGCACUAUUUUCCAUCCAGCAAACUGACAUGACGUCAUUUUCGGACGACGAAAGAGGUGUUAAAUGGCUAUGUAACUAACCCAAACCCUACCCCUACUCUAACCCCUAACUCUAACCCUAAAAUCGAUAGGGCGGUUUGCUGGAUGGAAAAUAGUGCUAACCUAAUAAUGCGGAAUGAAGCAGAUCAUCAGUUAUUUUGCAUCAUAACAUCACUUUAAAAAAGUUAGAUUUUGUAUCGUAUACCCUGUGCAUAAAGUAAUAUAAUAAUAAAGCUAAAUUCCGAAUUGUUGUUUCAAACUAAAAAUGCUAAAUUGACACCAUUAUAUAAUGAAACUCAAAUUAUGUUGUCCAUGCAAUCUAUUUAUUAUUUGCCGGUUUUAUGGUAAUUUUUAUACCUUAGCUACAACUGAUCACUGUAUAAUAAACACCAUUCUCUAUUUUCCUGUAAAUUUUGUUGAAGUAC